AUGCAUGCCGGGUUUUCUAAUGCCCGGAUUCAUGUUCACUCCCUGCACAGUUCUCGUAGUGUCGCCUGGCUUGCUGAUGAGGCAUAUCGACGUCGUCAAAUUCUAACUGGACAGCGUUCAGCAACAGCGGUCCGUCGGACUGAUUGUAACGGUGCUGACAUGGUUCGGUUGAGCACACGAGAUGGUGCGUUAUUACUGCACACUGAUCGAUUGCACUCAGUGCUGCCAGCUUUGGGUCAAAGUCCGGGAUCGGUUAUCGAACUUCUAGCCGAGUUACUACAAUCCGAUUCGGGUGCCACCACUUGCACAUUACAAGCACCUCUCCCGAGGGUGACGGAAUUUGGAUCUAGUUCCAUGGCUCCCACUGGCCGAUCUGCCACAAUACCUCUUGCUUCCGCAUUGGGUGAGCGCAAUCGCCGGAAUCUGUUGUUUAUUUGCUUUUGCUUUUUUCAAUUCGCUUGUUUACUCCGAUGCACGCAGUGCUAA